AAACAGAGAUCCAUUCAGAUAACGACAACAAAGACCAGUUCACAAUCACACGCUAGCGGAAAAUACAGAUUUUCCCCCCCUCUUUCUCUCGGUCAACCAACUCUAAAAGAUUGAACAUGUGCUUCUCUAAGUGGAUCUGAACUAUCCAUCAGUAUCUGCAAACAAAGCAGAAGACAAAUAAGAAUAUGGUGCCUACACGAGCUAAGCUUCACAUAGCCUUAACUUUUUUACAAUUUUGUCAUGCUGGAAAUCAUAUAUUUCUUAAAAUUGCACUCAAUACGGGUGUAAGCAAGUUUGUCUUUCCUAUCUAUAGAAACAUUACCGCUUUGGUCCUUCUGGGUCCCCUUGCAUAUUUUUCAGAGAGGAAAGACAGGCCGCGAAUAACCAGUUAUUGUCUGGUACAAUUUUUCCUCCUUGGACUUGUUGGAAUAACAAUGAAAGAAGGAUUCUAUUUCUUGGGUUUGGAGAACACAUCACCAACGUUUGCUGCUGCUAUGCAGAACUCUGUUCCAGCCCUGACCUUUCUGAUGGCUGCGGUACUCAGAUAUGAGAGUGUGCACUUCAAUAGGAUACAUGGUCUGGCCAAGGUCCUUGGAGUCCUUGCUUCUGUUGGAGGAGCUUCAAUCAUUACCCUUUACAAGGGACCUACCAUUUAUACUCCACAUUUAGCAUUACAUCAGGAACAUUUCAUGUCUGUGUUCGGGGAUGCCACGGGAAAGAACUUGAGCUUGGGUGGCAUUUAUCUCUUUGGUCACUGCUUAUGUUGGUCUGGUUGGAUUGUGAUGCAAGCAUUUGUUCUGAAAAAUUACUCAGCCAAACUCACAGUUUCUGCUUUUACUUGCUUCUUUGGUAUUGUGCAGUUUAUGACAAUUGCAGCAUUUUUUGAGAAGGAUUCUAAAGCCUGGCAGCUCAAUUCAAGUAGUGAGAUCUACAGUAUUUUGUUCUCGGGUCUGGUGUCUUCAGGGCUGGCAGCAGCAUUACAGAUAUGGACUAUCAGCAAGGGAGGGCCAGUGCUUGCUUCAAUAUAUCUACCGUUACAGACAUUACUCGUAGCUUUGGUGGCAUCCAUUAUUUUCGGUGAAGAAUUCUUCUUGGGAGGGAUUAUCGGAGCUUUCUUAAUUGUAUCAGGCUUAUACCUUGUUGUCUGGGGAAGAAGUGAAGAAACCAAGUCUGUCAAAGAGGUCGUAGUCCCCAUUGAGCCCGAGAAUCAAAUGGAAGGAAAAUGUGACAGUUCUUCCCUCAUCCAACCAUUGAUUCCUACACAAAACUCUCUAAGAAAUUAGGGGGGAAAGGAUUUUGUAUGCUAGCAAAACUGUACAAGUCCCUUAAGGCGACCGAAUAUUACAACAUUUCUUUGUUGCAGCAGGGUUACCAUUUCUUUUAUUACUUAUUCUGGUUGGUAACACACGAUUAAGGGAGUUUGAAUGGAUCGUCAUGAUCCUGUUGUCCUAUUCUUGGUUAAAAGACAAAUGAUAAAAAGUUUAGUAGAAAAGCACAGCUGGUUUGUCAGUACCAGCAACUGAUAUGGAUCCACUGCAAUAUGUAAAUAUGAUA